UUUACCCUUGUAUUUACGGUACAAGAAAAAAAAAAAGAAAAAACGCACACAUCACGGCACGCAUAACCUUAGAUCUCAAUGGUGAUUUCCAUGACAAGCUUCAUGACAACUGUCAUGAUAACAUGACAGUUGGAAUGAAUCGUCGAUUCCUUCGCGAAAGAUUGCAGAAUCAAGCAGAAGACGCCCGCAAUUAGCAAGGUGAAGGACGUUGCAUUUGAUCGUUCUGGGAAGACAGAAUAUGGGCCUAAAGGCAGCUGUUCAGGCUCUGAAAAAAGCAGAACCGUUGAAAGAUAAGGUCCAACGCUGCAAGGAUUUGCUGAACGAUAAUGAUGCCUGGGUAUGUCAGCAGCAAUUGCAAAAAAUAUACCAACAGGUCCUCAUACUGGAUUUGGAAUACGCCUUGGACAGGAAAGUUGAGCAGGAGCUGUGGAAUCUUGGAUUUAAGAACUAUAUAGCGACUCUGCAGUCGCAGGCCAAGGACAGGAAGAAUCCCAAGCGCGGUGAAUCACAGGCAUUGCUCAGUUGGUGCUUAGAGGCAGCUAGCGGGUUUUAUUUGACUUUGCUGCAAGAAAUUUGCACUGUAUUUGAUUUGGAUCUACCAUUUAGAAGGAAAGGUUAUGUUUAUGGAUGUACAUCCCCAUGGAAGGCUGUUGAAAAAUUAUCUCCACCUCACAAAUCAUCUUGUUUUUAUGCUUGCCAAUAUUGCCUUGUACAUCUGGGUGAUAUUGCACGGUAUAGAAAUGAAAGCAAGCAAGCUGAGAUGUUUUAUAGACAUGCCGUUUCGUUAUCACCAUCCAGUGGGCAGCCUUAUAAUCAGUUGGCGCUCUUGGAAGCAUCCCGCGGUGACAAAUUGGGAACAGUGUUUCAUUAUGCACGUUCGGUAGCUGUCAAGCAUCCCUUUCCCGUUGCCAUGGCAAAUCUCGCCACGACUCUAUCCUCUGCCUUGAACGACAAAUCUUUCAAUAUUGAUGGCAAGACCAAAUUGAACUCUCAGGAAUAUAUCGCUGUUUUUCUGAAACUUCAUGGAAUAAUUCACAAUUUUGGUGAUUUGAAGCUUGCAUGCUCGUACAGUAAACAAUUGACAGAAACAUUAAUUGCGUUAGUUGCCACCGAGAGUUUCAGUCCAUGGAUGCUAAUACAGAUGUUGGUAAUCAAUCUAUAUGCUCUGCAACAUGCGACCGGAAUUGGCACUGAUAGCACAGAAUCGUUCAAAAACGAGCAAUUGACCAACGAUGAAAAACUGGCUCGUGACUGUAUACUGGAUCUAAUCGCAGGCACUCUGUCUGCUUUACUGUUACCCGUUUAUACGAUAAAAAGCUCUAUCAUUGAAUACUUUGCGUUGCCUUCUAUAAAACUGUGCCUUGAUUGGAUCAAUAUAAAACCCACGGUUUUGGAGGAAGUUGCUUUUACGUCAAGAUUACAGAUAUGGCCCAGUCUCUGUGUGCUUUUGAAUGCUCUACAAAAUUGUGUGGUGAAUUUUAAGCAUGACGAGUAUGCUGUAGUGCCACUGCCAGAAGAUCGCGACCUUCAGGGUUUUUUACCAUUGGAAAAGAGUUUUGAGAAUCUCAGAUUUACGAAUACUGCGCUAGAAGGCGAUACUGCGAUGUUAAACAAAUUACGGGCCGUACGCAUUCUGCAUUUGGGACGUUGUCUCGCUCAAAAUCGAAUCAAUGGAUCUGCGCCAAUUUCGAUUACGACAGAGGAGAAAACAGGCGAUAGCAUAUUCACGUCCACAAGCAAUGGCGCUGGGCCCAGCAACGAAUUGAUGAAAGAACUCGAAGAACUUAGCUUGAACAAGGAAUCGAAACAAUUGAACACUUCGAUGAGCCCGGUACUGUCUGAAGCAGCUAGUAGCAAAAGUUCUGUGGAAACUGACGUCGAAAUUUCGGCAGAUAAGAAGAUUUUUCAGGGCAUCCUUAAGCCACAGGGUUCCUUAGAACGGAAUCGAGAUUCGGUAACGAGCGUCGUAGAAACGAGCGGUGGCGAGACGUGCUCUCUUCCAUGCACAAGAAAGCCGCGGCAAAAUAUAGCAAUGCAGGCGAUUAUGCGACGCGCGGAAACUGAGCAAAAACAGGUGACGUUUAAAAAUGUGUCGCCCGUAAUUGUCGAAGAAGAGAAUGAUAAGAAGGCGAAAGCAGCGGUUGCUUCACCGAUCAGUGUUUCCAUAACGAAUAAACCGACACCAAUUCUAGAGAUGCCUAAAGCUAAUGAAACUUCCAAUGUAAACAACACUCUCGUUAGCGCUUCAAAUCGGCUAUUAGCAAUGCCGCUCGGUCCAUCCGUCGGUUCACAGAACCAGUCCGCAUUGGUUCAGAGUCAGCAGAGACCUAUAAAGUUACCGCCCAACAUCCCCAUGCCCGCUCAAUUGGUAGUAGUUAAAGAGCAACAAUCUCAACAAGUUGCUCAGCAAAUGCUACCGCAAUUAAACACCAGUGGCAUGGCGACAAGUCAACAGACUCCGACAUUGGGACCAGUUUGCUAUUCGACUCAAUCGUUUAACGCGCAGAAUCCACAAUUCGCCAACAACUUUAUGACGAACCGAACACCGCUGACGCCGAACGCACCGCAUUAUCAGAUACAGGGACAACUUAGUAACAAUGGACAAUCGGUUUCCACUAUACCGCAGGGCAUUAACGGAAUACAUCAUUCGAUCAAUCAGAGUAGACCGUUACAUCAGAGGAUGCCGCAGAACGUGUCCCAUAGCCCUGCGCAGAUGUUGCAGCAAAAUUUGCGAUUAGGUUCGCCCGCUCAGCCAAGUAUGUUGCCGCAAAAUAUGAAUCUGCCAGCGAAUAAUAUGGGGCUACAAGCGAGCAUGAACGUAGAACAACAGAAUCACACUAUUGGAUUGCAACAGCAGAACAUGAUGCAGAACAAUUCUAGAUCAAAUAGCAUGCAUAAUCAAUUGAAUAUGAACGGUAGUUCAGGUAUGGCAAACAUAUCGACAAUGAUGUCGACAUUGUCCGUAUACGAGAAGGAACCCCAGCAACCGAAUUUAACAACGCUAGUCAAUUCGCAGAGUCCAACGAGCGGAUCUAACUUUCAACUUAAUUUCAAUCAGAACCAAUUCAAUCGAAAUCAAACUUUCGUCGGUCAGGGCUCAUUGUCGCAAAGUCAGCCAUCGCCGUCGUUUUAUAAAAAUAAUCCUGACACGAUGGAUUUUCAAUUCCCGAAUCAGACUAAGAUAGUUAACAAGACUCAACAAACGCAACAACCAGUGACGAAUAAUUAUAACAUGUUCUGCAAUUAUGAGCCGGCAGAGCAUUUUAACUUGUGGAGGGAUAGCCGACCGCCCCAACCGCCAAUCGCUUGGUGGGGUUCGUCUAGUAAUGCCGCGACUCAGAUGCACGUGAAGGAUUCCACUGUAAAUGAUAAUGCAUUCUCGAACUGGAGCGAUUCAUCUGUCCUCGGAAAUAUGACAAGUAGGAUGCCGCUGACGCCUGGUAAAAAUUAUCAGCAGCAACAACAAAAUGGACAGCAUGGCAGACAUCUUAUGAUAGGAAAUAAUUUCGAGGAUUCCAGAUUGUUUGAACACGAGCAGAAGCCGUCCCAACCCGUGAGUACCGGCAACACUUACUCUCUAUUCAGCAGUAACACAUGGAGCACCGUUAAUACACCGAUCAGUACGAAUUCGACUGAUCAAGACCAGAUGAAAGCACGACUCAAUCAGCAGUCUCUAUGGUCUGGACCGGGUCCUUCCCCAUUAGAGCGGCUUCUCGAACAACAGAAAUCGCUUCGCGAGGGCGGGACCACUUGAAGAGACGCGCUAGAAUCCAUUAAAGAAGGUCAAGCAGUGUAAUAUCGGUAUUCAGCAUAUGCCGAUUUAAGUAAUCACACAAGUGUAAACGCGGCGGCGAAAAAUCACUUAAUUAUUCGACGAGAGAAAUGCGCAAAAUUCUCAAAAGUAUGUAGAAGCGGAUACUGAGCUCGACUAUAAGAUGCAGCCUGCUAUCCUCGUGGCAUUAUGAAAUGCGCAGAGGUAAUAUAAUCUUCAUUUAUUUUGUAAUUGCAUGUGAGAAAUCUGCAACAGACACAUUAUGUGAUUUUCGGAUUUCUUGCAAAUUAAGAAAAGCGGGACGAAAUAUGAGCAACGAGAAACGAUGAAUUAACCGCAAUUUAUUAAUUUGUAUGAAAAUAAAAUAGACAAGCAACAAGGGGAAAAAUUAUUAGAGGUGUAAAGUGCAGUAACUCUUAACAUACAUUAAAUUAGAACGCAGGAAAUAAAUGAAAACGUAGAUGUUAAUUACAAGCGAGAGGCGCAUGAAUUUUGUGUUUUCCUGAUGUAUUUAGAAAAUUCGCAAUAAACAUGUAUGAUUUAUCAAAA